AUAAUGUUACUAUUAGCUGAGCUCAGGUCAGUGAGAGUGCACUUUGAGCUCAGGCAGAAACAAUCAAACAUCGAGCAGCCUUCGCUGUUAACAGGAAGAUGGCAUCCACGGACAAGGCUGAGCAACCAGCACAGGUUGUCCUUCCUCCUGGUAAUGAUGUACCAGAUUCCCCCAGAGAAGCACUGGUUUCUACAGCUAUAAAGUUUCUUCAAAAUCCAAAGGUACGUCAGAGUCCCUUGGGCACCAGAAAAGCGUUCCUAAAGAAAAAAGGCUUGACUGAUGAGGAGGUUGAGUUGGCCAUUCAGCGUUCAGGCAGCAGAGAAGAUGUCCUACCUUUGAGAACUGUGGACCCUCCACAUCCUCUUGACUCUCCUCACUUUGCUGUUGUUCGAAACAGUCCAAAAGGCUACAGAUGGAGAAACUAUGGUGCCUUCGCCAUCAUGAUGGUGGGCAUUGCCUACAGCUGUCAUCAUCUUUACAAGAAAUACAUCCUUCCCCUCAUUAUGGACAGCCGAGAGGACAAGAAGCAUCUGCAGAAGAUGGAGAGCAACAUCGCAGCAAUGAGUGGCACGCUGACACAGACAGUUGGACAGCUACAGCAGACCAUGACUUCCCUCCAGGAGCUCCUGGUCCAACAGCAGCAAAAAAUCCAGGAGCUUUCCCAGGAACUGACUGCAGCAGAGGCGGUGUCUGCGACCAGUCGCAUCCUGGACAACCAAAUAGUUGGAGAGUUGAAAGCUGAGAUAGUCUCUUUGAAGGGUUUACUGCUCAGCAGGAGACAAUUUCCUUCCACUCCCUCGAUUUCUAAGAUCCCCUCAUGGCAGAUUCCCUUGAAAGGACCCUCAGCAUCCAGCUCCCAAUCGGUCAACCACAGCAGCAGCGACAGCUCUCCUGUCAGUAAUGAGUCAGUCAGCUCCUCCCCUGUCAAAGAUGGACACAUCAGCACACAGGAUGCACUGGGUGGGGCACUCGGUAUCAACGGUGAUGUCGUAGGCCCUGACACAGCACUGGCCUUGGACGUGAAAGACGAAGUUCCCAUGGAAGUGCAGGGAGAGGAGGAAGAGAAUGAAGAUGUUAGCCAGAAAAAGCAAGAGGUGGACAGUCUAAGCAUGCAGAUCGACGAAUGUCAAGGUGGAGAGGGACAGAUCCACAAACAGGACGACAAACUGAGGCGGCCAGAAGGUGCCAGUAAUGAAAGUGAGGUGGAUUAGGCCGCUGUAGAACUCUUGACCACGCUCUCCAAGCAGAUCUGUUCUUCUGUCUGUCUGUGACUUCUCCACUUAGACUCGUUUCGCAUUGGCGUCAGUCUGUCAAUAAUUCACAAGGCCAGCAGGGUAGCAUUUGGGUAAAAUAAAGGCCCUGAAAUUCAAGAUUCGUAUGUGAUGAGUGGCUUUGUUCCAUGUCGGUGUCAGGAUGCUCAGAGGAGAGGGGAAGAUAAAUGUUUUUUCCGCUGCUUUCCUCUUUCAUUGAGGACUGAAUUGUGAAUCAUCGGCAAUGUUUGUUUGUGCGUGGGGGGGGGGGGGGGGGGGGGGCUGAAUCUGCAACACCAGCAGAGGAGCUGAUUUGGUUUGUGAAGUAUGUUAAUAAUCAAAUGAUCAACAAAUAACAGAUGUAUUAGUUCAUGCAGCUUGAAAUGUCAAGCAGGCUAAAAACGCAAAUCUAAUAAUUGUGUUGAAUUGUGUUAUUUCCUGUAACAAGCCCCUUGGUCCAAAUUAGGCGGGCCCUCCCACGGUGACUAAUCUUUACUGAAAACUGAGCCCAUAUUUUGUUAUUAUGAUGCAUUAAAACACCAAAGACUCACAGACGGAAGUUGCUGAAUUUGUGUCACUUGUUUUAUCAGUGUGUGUGUGUGUGUGUGUGUGUGUGUGGAGGUUAAUGCGGAAAGCUCACAAAAAUGUCCCUCGAUUGAAAAAGAAAGUAAUAAAUGAUUACUUGACUCAUUGAA